AUGUCUCUCUCGGCUGCCCCGGACUACUACUCAGCAAACAUCUCCCAGCGGAAACGUCCGCUCCUCCCUCCUCCCUCGAUGCUGUCGAGCCCUCGCCAAUGGCUAACCUACAUUGAUAUUCUGCAGGGCGCGGUCAAGGUGGGAUGUAUAGAGAUUGAAGAGGGCGGCAAGGUUGUCCCCUUCGGCCGGCCUAGCGAGGGACGCGACAAUGUUCGCAUCAGCGUGGUGGACGAGUACUUCUGGACUCGAGUCCUGCUAUCUGGGAACCUCGGCUUCAGUGAGGCGUUCAUGAUGGGGGAAGUCCGAGUGGACGAUUUACAGGCACUGUUCAUCGACAAUCUAUCCGGCCUCUCAAAUAUUUCCUGGCUAUACAACAAGACUAUCGCCGCCGUAUCCGGGGUGUGGAAUGCGUUCGCUGGCCAAACGCAUUCCCGGGCCCGUCUCAAUGUUGUUGCGAGCUAUGAUUUAUCCAACGACAUGUAUAAGGCAUUUUUGAGUAAGGAGAUGAUGUACUCCUGUGGGCUGUGGGGCGACGGGGAAGGCGGCGUCGGUGGAGACCUGGCGUCUGGCCCUACUGCCGGUGAUCUAGAGGCAGCUCAGCGCCGCAAGAUCCAACACGUCCUCCGUCAACUACGCCUUCAGCCAGGGCAUCGGCUGCUCGAGUUCGGCUGCUCGACAUAUGACUGCGAGGUGGACACGCUCACGCUGUCUAUCGAGCAGAAGACGCUCGCAGAAGAACGAAUCAGGGAGGCCGGCUUGGAGGCUCGCAUCCGCGUCCACCUGCUUGACUAUCGAGAUAUCCCGCGACACUUUGAGCACGCUUUUGAUGCGCUGGUAAGCAUUGAGAUGAUAGAACACGUCGGACCUAAGAUUGACGACCGGAAGUAUUACAACACUUACUUCCGCCUCGUUGACUUCGCUCUGAAGACGCGCAACGCAACCGCCGUUAUCAGCUCAAGCACUUUUCCUGAGCAUCGGUACAGCGAGUAUCAAGCUGAGGACUUCAUGCGGCGGUACAUCUGGCCCAACUCCGCUCUUCCGAGCGCGUCGGCCUUGAUUGAUGCGGCCAACAAGACCACUCAAGGCAGGCUGAAGCUGCACACCGUUGAGAACCACUCAGCGCACUAUCCUCGUACCCUCCGGACGUGGGGUCGCCGCUUCAAGAGCAAUGUGCAACAAGACGCUGUUGCGGAAACGCAUCCAUCGCUGCGCGAUCCGAUGGAGUUCGCGGUAUUCGCACGCAAGUGGGAGUAUCUGUUCGCGUAUGCUGGCGCAGGCUUUGUCAAAGGUAUAUCAGCUGCCACAUGUUGA